GUGUGAUUAGCAUGGCACACGCAUGUGUACGGAAGUGUAGGCGUAUACUCAUCAGGUGCAAAUCGUGCAUUUUCGUAACUGUUCGGCACUCGUUCAGCGUUCUUCGGCGCUCGCUCACAUCGCGUUCAGUGGCGUUCAGUGGCAUUCAGUAUUGCACGGCGUUUGGUUAUGCGUAGCGUUACUUUGGUGUCUAUAGUAUUGUGUACAGUCGACUUUCCAACGUGUAUUUUAAAAAAACAAAAUCGUCGAGAAAUUUAUAUUUUUUGUAAAGAAACAUUUCUUGGAUAAUUUUCAUUACCAAACUUCGAAUUUAUUAAAAAUGGUGAUUUUUUCAUGAUUCAAUCAGCGAUACAUAUCAAUCGUCUUUGUAUGAAGAAAAAGAGAGGUCAUCGUUGCAUUCGUCUUUGCGUUUAUUCGUUCGGAUUGGUACUUAGUGAUCUACUGUAUGAGAUGAAAAUGGCUCUUCGUUGUAGCAUGAUACAGUAAUACAAGAUAGAAAAGUAAUACAAAAAUGGCGGAAGCUCAUUCAGCCGUCGCCUUCAGUUUUUCCAUCACCCACGAAGGAUGGGACGUGAAUUUCGAUCGAGAAGUGCUGAAUCUCGUUUGGUUAUCCGGUGUACGCUCCUGGAAGAAGAGAUUCUUUAGAUUUAUGAAUAACUUGAAAAGCGGUGUAUAUCCAGCAUCUUUAGGAAGCCUCUGGCUUACCAUAGGUAUUGUUACUGCAAUUCAUUUCGCGGGCUACAAAGUUCCUUACGAUCUCGUUGGAAAAGUUACACCAUAUCUUUCUGGAUCUUUAAUACUCGCACAUCUAGCUGGUUCGUUCAUGAUCGGUCUUCUCUUGUGGUUGGUCGUUAUAUAUAUGUUACGAUAUAUACUAAAGCUGCUGUUGAUCUACAAAGGCUGGAUGUACGAAUUAAGAGGCAAACAAAAAAAAUUAUCGAGAAUGACACAGAUAUGGCUUCUUUUCGUAAAACUGCUGUCUGGUUGGCGCAAACCCAUGCUUUACAGCUUUCAAGGUUCGCUGCCUCGUCUACCACUUCCUUCGGUAGAAGAUACGAUGAAACGGUACCUCCGAAGCGUUAGGCCUCUACUGGACAAUGAAAAUUAUACUCGUAUGGAGAGAUUAGCGAAGGAAUUUCAAAAUGGUAUAGGCGUGAAACUUCAAAGAUAUUUAAUACUUAAGUCUUGGUGGUCUACCAAUUACGUAUCUGAUUGGUGGGAGGAAUACGUUUAUCUUCGAGGUAGAUCGCCGCUUGUUAUAAAUUCAAAUUUCUACGGAAUAGAUGCUAUUCUUAUGCAUCCAACUACGAAUCAAGCUGCACGUGCCGCCAGCACUAUUCAUUUUUGUUUACAAUACAGACGGCUUAUUGAGCGUCAACAACUUGAACCAAUUUUACUGCAAGGUAUAAUUCCUUUAUGUUCCUGGCAAUAUGAAAGAUUAUUUAAUACCACAAGGCUUCCUGGUAUUGAAACAGACAAAAUAGUUCACUAUCAAGAUUCUAAACAUAUAGUUGUACAUCACAAAGGAAGAUAUUUCAAAGUUCUUAUUUAUUACAAAAACAGGAUUCUUUUACCAUGUGAAAUAGAAAUACAAAUUCAACAAAUUUUGAAUGACAAAUCUGAACCACCAGAAAGUGAAGAAAAAUUAGCUGCACUGACAGCUGGAGAGAGGAAACCUUGGGCAGAAGUCAGAAAUGAAUAUUUCACGAAAGGAAUAAAUAAAGUUUCCUUAGAUAUAAUAGAAAAAUCGGCAUUCAUUGUCGUUUUAGAUGAUUUUCCAUACGAAUACGAUCCUAAACAUCCUGAAAAGUUAGAUAAUUAUGGUCAAAUUUUGUUACAUGGUAAAGGCUAUGAUAGAUGGUUCGAUAAAUCUUUUACUUUGUGUAUUGGAAGUAAUGGAAGGAUCGGUUUUAACGCAGAACAUUCUUGGGCAGAUGCUGCGGUGAUGUCACAUUUAUGGGAAUUCUUAAUAUAUGAAGAAGCCUGCAACCGAGAGGCUGAUGCUCCUGUUAUGGGAUCUCUCUGGGAAUAUGUUAUUGCUAAUACUGUGGAGAAAGGAUAUAAAGAAGACGGAAGUAACAAAGGUACUCCAGAAUUUAUACCACCAACCCCUACUCGACUUCAAUGGGAUUUGUCUUCAGAAUGUAUUGAAUGUAUAAAUCGUUCUAAUGAGAUUGUACAAAAAUUAAUAAAUGACAUUGAAUUACGUAUCUAUGUACACGAUGAAUACGGUAAAGGUUUUAUGAAAGCUAGUGCAAUGUCACCAGAUGCAUAUAUACAAAUGGCUUUACAACUAGCAUAUUAUCGUGAUGCUGGAAAGUUCAAUCUCACUUACGAAGCUUCAAUGACAAGACUAUUUCGUGAAGGCAGAACAGAAACUGUUAGACCAUGCACUAUUGAAUCUGCUGCAUGGGUAAAGGCCAUGGAAGAUAAGAAUGCAACGUUAGAUAACAAGUAUAGAUUACUACUAGCAGCAGGACAACAGCAUCAAAAAAAUUGUCAGGAUGCUAUGUGUGGCAAGGGUAUAGAUAGACAUCUUUUCUGUUUAUAUGUAGUGUCUAAAUAUCUUGAAGUAGAUUCUCCAUUUUUGAAGGAAGUCUUAAGCGAACCUUGGCGAUUAUCUACAUCUCAAACUCCACAUGGACAAACAUCAAAAUUGGACUUGAAGAAAUACCCUGAUUGUAUCUCUGCUGGUGGUGGAUUUGGUCCUGUUGCCGAUGAUGGUUAUGGGGUUUCUUACAUUAUUGCUGGAGAAGAUGUUAUAUUCUUUCAUAUCUCUAGUAAACGUAGCUCACUAGUAACGGAUGCUGCUAGAUUUGCACGCCAAAUAGAAAAGGCAUUUGCUGAUAUGAAAAAAUUGCUUUUAGAAAGGAAAAAAGUUCAACAGCACAAAAAUGGCUCCACAUAAAGAAUUUAGUUAUUGGUGCAUUAGAAGGCUAUGAAGCACAUAUCAAAAAAUACUACAAACUAUAACAAAAUUCUUCCUAUUAUUUUGAGGAGUUUACAUAAAUACACACAAAUUUGUACUCUUAAUUAUUUUUAUAUAAAUAACUACUACAAACAAAAUUUGGCAAAAACAAAUCCAAUAUUGAGUAUUUGUAUAAAAAAAGGAAAUAUCUGUUAUUUGCUAUUUUUCAAUAAUUUGUUAUAUUUCUAAAUCCAAUAUUGACAUCAAUAAUAUAAGAUUUAAUUUUAACUUUUCUAUAUGCAUAUAUACAAUUAGAAAUAAUAAUGAAGAAAUGUUGCGAAUAUAAAGAAGUAAAAUUUUAAAUUCAUAUCUUUUUGUAUUGGUUUUUGUAUAUAACAUUAGAAGAAAAUAUUCGCUAUCUAUCAUAUUUAACUACUAAAUUAUAUUUACUAAUACAGCUUCGGGUAUCAUUGGAAAAAUGGAAAAUCAAAUAGUUAUUCAAUAUAUUUAAAAUUUUGAUAUAUAUAUAUAUAUAAUCGAUGUUUUUAUCACAAUGACAAUAUACCUAAAUUUAAGAUUAAAAUUUAUUCUUUAAAAAUAGUAUCAAUCAGAUCAAUUUUAUACAUAUUAUUAUAUUAUCAAAAUGAUUAAGUAUGCGUAAAGUAUUAAAGGUGUUACGGUACGUCUUAACGCCAAAUUUAUAAACAAUGCAAUCGCAUUUAUAUUGAAACUGCAAAUAUUAAAUCUUUUAUUUUCAUAUUUAUUUGCAUUAAAUACUCACUUUGUUGAUUGCAAAGCUACAGUUACAAUAUACUAUUUUUAUAGUGAUUAUCAUAGCUAUUGUAUCAAUAUGUGACUGGCAUAUAUAAAUAAUAUUCAAACCUCAACUUAUGGCUAGAUUAAAUCUGAUUGAGAACUUUAGAAUGUUUAUUACUUGUACAAAUGAGACGUUACGAAUGCCUAAAAUAUUAUGUAAUCAUAUGAACUUUUAGUAUAAUUAAAUAUUUAAAAAUGCCAUAAACUAAUAUCUGCAACCUAUCAAUGCAAAAUUUUAUAAUGUCUCAUUUUAUACUAGAAAGUUAAUAUAAUUAUAUUUUCUUUAAUACGUGUUUGUUAAAGGUAUUGUUAGAGGUACUGGUGCUCUUAAUUAAAAAUAUUUCAAAUAUUUCAACGUUUGUCAAUGCAAUUAUUUUUAUAAUACUUUUAGUAAAAACUUUAUGUAAUCAUCUAUAUACAUCUAAUUAAAUACAAAUCUUUGGUUAUUACAAAAUACUUUAUAUCUCAAAGAAUAUAAAUCUUAAAUAAACUACAGAUUAUUAUUGUAAUCUUUAACUAUAAUCAACUUUUAACAAAAGCAUUACUUAUGUUUUAAUAUGUAUAAAUACCAUUUAUGCUAUUUAAAUACUAAAAUAAUUUUAGAGAUUUAUCAAUGCAAUAUAAUUUAACAAUUUUUAUCAUAUUCAUUUAUGUAAUCAUAUAUUAUCCUUUGUUGAUAUUUGUACAAAAAUAUGUAAAACUGGAGACAUAUUUGUAAUAUUAAUAUAUAGCAUAAUAAAUUUUACUAAUAAUAUUAUAUUACAUAUAUUCAAUUUUGCUCUUAUAAUAAUAUAAUUUAUGCAAUUGCAAAAAAAAUACAUGCUAUAAGAUAUGUAUCAAUA